AUGAAUUUGAUGAGUGCGUGUCGAUUGUGCUCGAUUGAUCAGAAACCCGGGUUCUGCUUGCACGCAGGGCUGGAUGGGACUUGCGUCCAUGCAUUAUUUUCCUUAUCGAUUCGGCCGAACGAGUAUCUUGGAACUUUACGCUACGAUCCAAAAAAAGCCAAGAUAGGAAGGAUCGCAUUGCUCCCAGCUUAUCGUCGAUUAGGCAUCGGGAAACAGAUGAUGAUCAGCUUCGAGCGGCAGCUUCUGGAUGGGUUCAAAGCACUAGCUGAUCGUGCUCCAUUGCUGCUAGACUCCAGCAUUCCUACUCAGAUUCGCUUACAUUCCCAGCUACCAGUGAUUGGGUUCUACUCCAAGAUUGGUUACCAACCCGUUGGACCCACCUUUAUUGAGGAUGGUGCUCCUCAUCAAUUGAUGGUCAAGCAGCUAGUUGCGAGUUGA